AUGCCAAGCAUGGAUUCAAAUUCAUCUUGUUAUUCAUCAUCAGGAUCAUCAACAUCUUCUCUAUCAUCUCCACGAGUACCAAUAACUGAUAUAGUACAACAACAACAACAACAUCAACCAAUGAGAAUACCAUCAACACCAACUGCUAAAACAUCAAUAACACAAUCGCAUGUAUGUGUUACACGGUAUAAAACAGAAUUAUGUCGACCAUUUACAGAAACUGGUAAAUGCAAAUAUGGCGAUAAAUGCCAAUUUUCACAUGGAAUAAAAGAAUUAAGAAUUUUGAUGCGCCAUCCAAAAUAUAAAACAGAAUAUUGUCGUACAUUUCAUACAACUGGUUAUUGUCCAUAUGGACCUCGAUGUCAUUUCAUUCAUGAUACUCAUGAAGCACGAACAGCACUAGACACAGAUGAUUCAUCAACUUUACGACGACAUUCCGAUGUACGAACAACUCAAUCACCACAAAAAUCAACAGCAAGAAAUCGUAUGAACAGUGAUUAUACAACAUAUUCAGAUCAAUCUCAUAAUUCGUCAAAAUUUCCUUUUUCAUUUGAAGAACUUAAUCAAGCUUUACUUUCUUACGAUACUGGUGAUGUUUUUCAACAACAAAAUCAACAGAUUUAUCCAUCUAUAUUAUCUCCUAUAGCAGAUACAUUUACACGUCGUACAUUUUCAUUAUCAUCAUCAUCGAAUAGCAGUUUAAUUCCACAAUAUAUUUAA